AGGAUAGUUUUGUUCAACCAAAGAGGCAGACAUCAAUACAUUCUCAAAUGGAGGAACAAGAUAGACAAAGGUUAGAUACGUUAUUCUCUGAAAACUGUACUGACGGUGUAGUCAUACGAGAUGGGUUUAAGGCAAUAUUACAAUGCAUGGGCAACAAUCCUACUGAUGAAUCCAUUGACGAAGUAUUCGCAAAUUUCGAUGCUGAUGGCACAACCGGGUUAUCAAAGGACGAAUUUGAUGAGUGGUUCAAUAAAUGUUGGGUUCCUGUAGCCCAGGCACGUGAGGCAAUUGUAGAAGCAUUUCAAGUGUUGGCUGCUGAAAGCGAAGAUUCUGAUGGACGUUGCUGCAUUACAAGUUUAGUUGAUUUGUUGAAAAAUCGAGGGGGAGAACCACUAUCAGAUGAAGAUGCUGCAAUAUUUCAGAAGGAACUGGAAAUAAUUGACACAAGCUCAGACGGCUUCAUCGAUGGAGAAGAAUUUGCCAACUUUCUAACGGAACAAUGCCAGGAGGUCAAAACAGAAGAAGAAAAUCAGGAACAAACGGAAGAAGUACAAACCGAAACUACUGAAGAAAUAACCGAAACUUCUGAAGAACAAACAGAGGAACAAAUUGAAAAAACAGAAAAAAUCACAGAAAAGACAGAAGAUCAAAAUUACACUACAGAAGAACAAACUGACAAGCAAAAUACCGAAAACUCUGAACAAGAACCGUCAGAAACUCCAAAAACGGAACAAAUUAAAUCUUGAAAUAAAGUUCUAUUUAAGUGUAACCACCUUCUAAACUAUUUAGGAUAAAUACGUUCAUACUAUUGAUGUUAUUUGGGUGGGGGUCUAGAAACUCUAACUGAAUGCGAAACUUUCAAUGGAAUCCUUACCGUAUAUAAAAUAACUUAAAUGGUGCUAUAAAUUCUACUCAUGACUUCUGCCUUCACCAACUGGAGGUUAGAACAACUUGCUUUUAAAUAAGCAUUACAAGUCCAUGGAAAAUAUAUCUUACGCAUUAUGUUUUUUUAUUAUUUAUUUCUGUGAUAUAUUGUUACGGUUAUAUUGUAAGAGCUGUGAGAAAUACGUAUUUAUUUGUUGUGUUAUAAAUGUAUUGUGACAAUAUGAAUUUGCAAGCACAAUUAUACAAUUCUAAUAUUUAAAA